UAUCUUCUUCUACGGUCAUCGUACUGAUUCUGCCUCCGUCGUCGAGUUUCUUCCUGGUCUUGAUGGUCCUCUUCCUUUUGAGCUCGAAACCGGGGUUGUUACGUUCUUUUCUCCUUCCUCCUGUCCUGUGAUUGAUAUAAAAUCUUUUAAGUGUUUGGAGAUUACUCUAAAGUGUGUGUAUGAUGAAUAUGACAUGAUUCUUUUUUGAAGGUAUAUUGGUGUUGGCGAGGAAGAGGAAGUGCAACUGUUUUACUAUUUCAUCAAGUCUGAGAGGAAUCCAAAAGAAGAUCCUCUUCUUCUGUGGUUAAGUGGAGGACCUGGCUGCUCUUCUAUCUCUGGUCUUCUUUAUGAGAAUGGUUGAUCCUCACGUGCCAUGUUUGAAUCAGGGCCUCUGACUGUGAAGUUUGAGGUUUACAAUGGAACUCUUCCUUCCUUGGUCUCUACAACAUAUUCAUGGACUAAGGUUUCGAGUAUAAUAUAUUUGGAUCAGCCUGUUGGAACUGGCUUCUCCUACUCAAAAACUCAACUUGUUAAUAAACCCAGUGAUUCAGGAGAAGCCAAGAGGAUCCAUGAGUUUCUUCACAAGUGGCUAGGUAAGCAUCAAGAGUUUCUCCCCAACCCAUUCUAUGUCACUGGAGAUUCUUAUUCCGGUAAUGUCAUCCCGGCACUCGUUCAAGAAAUCUCAAAAGGAAAUUAUUUAUGUUGCAAGCCUCCAAUAAAUCUUCAGGGCUAUGUUCUUGGAAACCCAUUAACAGAAAGUGAAAUUGAUUCGAACCAUCGCAUUCCAUAUGCUCAUGGAAUGGCACUGAUCUCAGAUGAACUCUAUGAGUCCAUGAAGAGAAUCUGCAAAGGAGAAUAUAAUAAUGUUGAUCCACGUAACACAGAAUGCUUGAAACUCGUGGAAGAAUUUGAAAAGUGCAUUGAUAGAAUAAACGAAUCACAUAUAAUAGCGCCAGACUGUGAAGAGAAUCACGAGACACCUCCUGAUUGCUAUGAGUAUCGGUAUUUGUUAACAACCUACUGGGCCAAUUAUGAGAGUGUGCAUAGAGCUCUUCAUGUCAAUAAGGGGAGUAUAGGGGAAUGGGUACGUUGUCACUGGGGCAUACCUUACACUUAUGACAUUACAAGCAGUGUACCGUACCAUAUGAAUAACAGCAUCGAUGGCUAUCCUUCUCUCAUCUUCAGGUCAUAUUUUAACUACAACCUCUUCCUGUUGAAGGGGUACUUCAGGAUUCAAGACUUUUUUGAGGUUUUUUUUUGGAUGAACAGUGGUGACCACGACAUGAGGGUGCCUUUUCUUGGAACGCAAGCUUGGAUUAGGUCUCUUAAUUAUUCUCUCACUGAUGACUGGAGACCUUGGAUGAUAGGCGAUCAAAUCGCGGGAUACACGAGGACUUAUGCCAAUAAGAUGACAUUUGCUACAAUCAAAGGAGGAGGACACACACCAGAGUACAAACCAGAGGAGAGUUCUAUCAUGUUCCAAAGGUGGAUUAGUGGACAGCCUCUCUAAAAUGAAGCCAGAGUUGCUAUUCAGAAAGCAAUUCUACAAUUAUUGUUUUACAUUUCAUGAAAAAUGAGAUAUAUGGCUUAAUUUUAUUUAAAAUGUAGUUUUAUUUAAAAUGUAGAGUUUCUAUAUAGAAAACAAUUAUACAUUUCUUCUAUCAUUUUCAUUAGUUUACUACAUAUUUAAAAUAAAACCCAAAUUUUCAAGUUGUU